CCGCCCUGCCCCUAACCGCCCGCCCGUCCCGCCGCCGACUCCGCCCCGCCGUCCGUCAAGAGGCCGAAGGCCACCCCUGCCGUCCGUCGGCCCGGGCCCGUCCCCGCCGCCCGUCAAGAGGCCGCCCACCCGUCCGUCCGCGCCCGGCCCGCCCACCCGUCCUGCCCCUGCCGGCCGCCUAAGGCCCGCCCCGCCGUCCUGCCCGGGAGGCCGCCGCACGUCCGCCUCGCCCUGCCCGUCAAGGCCCGUCCGCUGUGAGGCCGAAGGCCCGCCUGCCCGUCCCCCCAAGAGGCCGGAAGGCCCGCCCGUCCGCCCGCCCGCCCGCCCGUCCUGCCCCGCCUGCCCGCUGAGGCCGCCCGCCCGCCGUCCGUCGCAGGCCGAAGGCCCGUCCCCAGUCCGUCCGUCCGCCGCCCGCCGAAGGCCUGGCCCAGUCUCGUCCGUCAAGAGGCCGCCCUGCCCGCCCGUCCGACAAGAGGCCGAAGGCCCGCCCGCCCGUCCGACAAGAGGCCGGGCCCUGCCCGCCCCGUCCGCCAAGAGGCCGAAGGCCCGCCCGCCGCUCCGAGGCCGAAGACCCGCCCAGUCCGUCCUCAAGAGGCCGAAGGCUACGUCCCAGUCCGUCCCGUCAAGAGGCCGAAGGCCCCCAGCGUCCGUCCGUCAUGAGGCCGGGAAGGCCACGUCCUGCAGUCCGUCCGACAAGAGGCUGAAGGUCACUCCCAGUCCGUCCGUCAAGAGGCCGAAGGCCCUCCCAGUCCGCCCGACAAGAGGCCGUCCGUCCGCCAAGAGGCGGAAGGCCCUCCCAGUCCGUCCGUCAAGGCCGCCGCCGAGAGGCCGCCCGUCCCAGCCGUCCGACCGUGAGGCCGAAGGCCCGUCCGUCCAGUCCGUCCGCUCAAGAGGCCGAAGGCUACCCUGUCCGUCCGCUCCGUCCACAGAGGCCGAAGGCCCGCCCGUCCGUCAGAGGCCGAAGGCCCGCCUGUCCGUCGAGGCCGAAGGGCCCGUCCGUCGCCGAAGGCCACUCCCAGUCCGUCCGUCAGAGGCCGCCGCCUCAGUCCAGGCUGAAGGCCCGCCCGCCCGUCCGUCCCUGGCCGAAGGCCUCGCCCCGCCCGUCCGCCAGAGGCCGAAGGCCCGCCCGCCCGUCCGCCGGCCGAGGCGGAAGGCCCGCCGCCCGUGCCAGGCUGAAGGCCCGCCCAGUCCGUCCGACAAGAGGCUGAGGCCCGUCCACCGUCCUCAAGAGGCCGAAGGCUGCCCGCCGUCCGUCAAGAGGCCGAAGGCCCGCCCCGCCGUCCGUCAAGAGGCCGAAGGCCCCGUCCGCCCCGCCGUCCGUCAGAGGCCGAAGGCCCGCCCGCCCGUCCGUCCGUCAGGCCGAAGGCCGCCGCCCGUCCGUCCGCCGAAGGCCGCCCCUGCCCGCCCGUCCGUCCGUCAGAGGCCGAAGGCCCGCCCCCGCCGUCAGAGGCCGGGCCCUGCCCGCCCGUCCGUCAGAGGCCGAAGGCCCGCCCGUCAAGGCCGAAGGCCCCGUCCAGGCCGAAGGCCCGCCCGGCCGUCCGUCAAGAGGCCGGCUGAAGGCCCGCCCCGCCCGUCCGUCAAGAGGCUGAAGCCCGCCCGGCCGUCCGUCAAGAGGCCGGGCGGCCCGCCGCCGUCCGUCAAGAGGCCGAAGGCCCGCCUGCCGUCCGUCAAGAGGCCGAAGGCCCCGCCCGCCGUCCAGGCCGGGAAGGCCCGCCCAGCCCGUCCGUCAGAGGCUAAAGGCCCGCCCGCCCGCCCCGGGAGGCUGGGAAGGCCCGCCCGCCCGAGGCCGAAGGCCCGCCGCCCGUCCGCCAAGAGGCCGGGCCCGCCCCGCCCGCCCCGUCAAGAGGCUGAAGGCCCGCCCGCCCGCCGUCGCGCCGUCCGAGGGCCGGGCCCGCCUCGCCCGCCGCCCCGCCCGUCCGUCAGAGGCCGGGCCCGCCCCGCCCGUCCGUCAGAGGCCGAAGGCCACCCCAGUCCGUCCGUCAAGAGGCCGAAGGCUACCCCGUCCGUCCGUCAAGAGGCCGAAGGGGCCCGCCCCGCCCGCCGUCCAAGAGGCUGA